CACUCACAACUCCUUUAUCUACCUUUACGCUCCGCUCAGCCCUGAAAUAUGUAGCUAACCCUAACCGCGUAAACAACAACAACACUGACUCACAACAACAACAACAAAGAGGAACCAUAACACAUCCAGCCGCGCGGAUCCACGCCCUCCUUGUCUAUUUGCAUUGUAAUCUCUCUAUCGACCCAGAAAAGUGGUUUUUAAACCGCGGCGUCGGUUGUUAAAGUGUCUUGUUUUGUGCGCCCCGCGGAACGGCACCAUGUCCAACAAGGAGGAGGGAGGGGGGGCGCUGUACACGCUUGCAAAACUUUAUUAAUAAAAGGAAUUAGCUUCAGGGGACAGAUGACUGGUUUUAUUCUCCCACCCUCUCAUCUCCAAAACGGUGAAACGGGAUUUCUGGGCUGAGCGGCCGCUGCUGCUGCUGUCCAUGCGCGCUCCCUCUCCUCCUCUCCGUGGAUGGUGCGUAAUAAUAUCAUCUGGAGAGGCCGAGGCCGACAUUUUACCCCGGUCCGGAGGAGCCUUAACUCCGAGGGGACAUCCGAGGACACAUAAGUCGGGGAGGCCGAGAGCUGCAGGCAGGGCUGCGUCAUGUGAAAAGGGCUCGACCUCUUGACCCUUUCAACUCUCAACUUAAGCAGAACUCACUUGACUGACGUUGUGACCGCGGACUGACACCCUCCCGCCUCGGGCAUGCCUCAGCCGGGUAUGAAUGGGAUGGAGCCGGCAUUUGGCGAGGCCUACGGGGGCCACAGGGGUCUGCUGAGCCCCUACCCUCUGGCCAUGUCGCCACAAGGGGGCAGGACCGAGUACGACCAGAGCGUGCUCCUCAUGCUGGGCUCCCCGGCAUCGCCAAGGAAACGGCCCUUUGAGUUGCUAAGCGACCUGGUGGACGACGGCGGCUUCGGCGAGGACCUGCACCCGGAGCGCUGGGAUGUUUCGGCGCUGGACGAGAUGGCUCGCUACACCAAGCUGGGCCUUGGUGUAGGGGGGGAGCUGCUGGCCUGCUCGGAGGAGGCCGUCCUGAUGGGCCGCUGGGGGAGGAGCCGGGAGGAGGAGCAGCAGGAGGAGGAAGAGGAGGAGGAGAGGAGGAGGAAGAGCAGCAAAGCGCCGACAUCGCACACAGCACCUCCCAUCACCCAGGAGGUCCAGGCCACUGCUGCGGGGAGGCAGGAGGGGCAUAUCUGCGUUACCACGACAACCGAGAGGGAGUUGAGUGUCGCGGGAAGAGCGGCGGGGGCAGGACAGGAUGGGGGGAUGUCGAGGGAGCGUACCGUGGAGGUGUAUCAGGUGGCACAGGAGGAAGAGGAGGUGGUGACGGCGGCAGCGGCGGCGGGUUUGGCUCUGGAGCACUGCAGCGAGGAGCACAACUACUCCCUGGGCCAGGGCGGGGAGCUGGGAGCGGGGGCCGGUCACAACUCCCAGACAGAGGAGGUGCAGGUGGGGGAGACUCAGCAGGAGGUGCGGGACAGGCAGGAGAGCCAGGCCAAGGGGUCUGAGCUGGAGUUGGAGGAAAAGGACGAGGAGCUGGAGGAAGAGGAGGAGGAGGAGGAUGACGAAGAGGACGAAGGGGAGGAGGGAGCGGAGGAGACGGCGGUGGAAGCUGAACUCUCCAGUUCCUCGGAAACUGAAUGUGAGGUGGAGGCAGAACCAGCGAGGCAGCCGGGUGAGCGGCCGUCAAAACGGCGCUGUUUCUGGGAGUACAGACGCGCUCGAGAGUCGGCAACAAAGAAGAAGCUGGGCGGAGACGUCCACUGGUCUCUGUCCUGGAGCUCCAGCACUCUGCCCAGCACACUGUACCGCAGAGAGGGCAAAAAAGGCCGCCGCAAAGCCCGCAAGACGGACGCCAGCGACCUGACGCCAAACCCCCAGAAGCUCCACAACAUCGGGGAGCAACUGCAGAAGCUCAACGCUGCCAUCGAUGGCAUGGGUCCGGUCAACGACCUGCCCGCCGUGGCCCGAGCCCGGUCCCGCAAGGAGAAGAACAAGCUAGCCUCCAGGGCCUGCCGGCUGAAGAAGAAGGCCCAGCACGAAGCCAACAAGAUCAAGCUGUGGGGGCUCAACCAGGAGUAUGAAAACCUGUUGGGAGCUCUGCUGCGGAUCAAGGAGGUGAUCCGACAGAGAGUGGAGAGCAGCGAGGAAGAGGACACGGACGAGCGAGGGAUGACCCAACGCCUGGAAGACAUCCUUCGAGAGUCCAGCGGCCCCUUAGUUGCCGGGCGGACCAAAGACUUUGUGCAGAGGAUUUUGGCGGCCAGCGCGGACGGUCAGAGCCAGCGCAAAGAGCCCCCGCAGGGAGGAGACGAGGCAGCGGGCUAAACUCACCCGGCGUCCCCCUUCCUCUCCUCUCCCCCAUCUCCCACGCCCUCCCCCUCCUAGCACCACCGACCUGACGGGGGCUUCUCCACGCCACACGGCCUCCGCACUCUCACAGCUUCCAAGUAAGAGCAAAGAGGUGAAGUAGAGGUGGAGAGGAUGUGAAAGAAGAGGAGGAGGAGGAGGAGGAGGAAGGAGGAGGAAGGAGUAGCCUAAACAAAAUGGGAGUAAAUUGCCACCCUGUUCCUGAUCCUCUCUUGUUGGCCCUCCAAACAGCAGUCCUCUUCACUGCUCUGUCUCUGCAGGCUGCACCACAACCACCACCAGGCCAGAGCUGCUGCUGCUGCUGCUGACGUCUCUGUAUU